AUGUUUCCAAGUGAAGUGAUCUGGGGACUUUUCUUCAUAUUUCAAAUUAGUAUUGGGUUCAUGGGGAACUCAUUGCUUUUCAUGCUUUGUGUGUGUAUCUUCUUAGAUAAAAAUCACCUGAAAAAACCCAUAGAUUUGAUCUGUAUACAUCUGACCGCGGUCAAUGCUUUGACCAUCUUGUUCAAGUUGAUACCAGACAUUGUGUCAUCCUUCGGAGUAAAACAUUUUCUGGAUGAUGUUGGCUGUAAGGCCACUUUGUACAUAUAUAGAGUUACCCGGGGUCUUUCCAUCUGUACCACUGCUCUCCUGAGUGGGUACCAAGCCAUCACUAUCAGUCCUGUUCAUUCGAGGUGGGCGUGGCUUAGAUCUAAACUCUCUACGUGCAUUUACUCCUCUUUCCUUUUCUUCUGGAUCACCAACAUGCUCAUCUAUAGCUACAUCAUUGAAACUGUAGAAGCCAAUCACAAUGUCACGAUUGUUGGUUUGGAGUAUUCGACACUACACUGCCAAACGAAUCAGUUGAGACAGAAUCAUUCGGUUGCAUUUGGAAGUGUCGUAAUAAUUCGAGAUCUCCUCUUUGUGAUCCUCAUGAUGUGGUCCAGUCUCUACACCGUGAAUCUCCUCUACAAACACCGCCAAAGGGCCCAGCACAUUCACAGCCCCAGCCUCUCUCCCCAGUCAUCUCCUGAAAUCAAAGCCACCCACACUAUUCUUUUGCUGGUAAGUUGCUUUGUUUUCUUCCAUUGCUCAAACAACUUCAUUGUCUUCUAUUUGUUUCAUAAACCUGAGAAAGAUUCAAGACUGAAGAGAAUUACUGGGAUAUUUUCAUCCUGCUACCCAACCAUCUGCCCUUUUGUGCUGCUGAAAAACAGUAAGAUUACUUCCAAAUUGACUUCUUCCCUCUCCAAGCUGAGAAUCAUCUUUUCUUGAAAGAUAUUCAAUAGAUGGUCUCAUAUCCACAACUUCCUGUGACAACCAAAGAGUCUCUAUAAUUUACAGAAGGAAAAAAAAAAUGCUGUGUGGCUCUUGAACUCUGAAAUGGGGCUGAUAUGAAUUCAGACAAGUUUUCCAUUAAAAAAUACAUACAGAUUGGAAGUCUUAUAAUGAAAAAGAGCACAUCAAUAUGAAAUUAAUAAUUUCCAUACUACUUGUUUACAAUAUUUUGAG